UAAAAUAUAUUUGAACUUGUGUUAUGUCAUGUGCAAUUUGAUGCCAUUUGAACUAUUUUAGAAUUAAAAUCGGUAUCUUAAGGGUCUGAAAUCUUAAAAUGUCCAUUGUCCGCAAAAAUCCAGGCAGCUAUCAGUGAACAAUGCAAAUGUACUCAAUAGCGACCUCUAGUGACAGAUCUCGACAGGCCCAACAAACGCCAGCUCUCUUCCGGAAGUGACUCAUUCCCUGAUUGUCAACAUGUAAGAUGGCGACGCAUCACAGGCAGAACGCUGCGGGACGGAGGAAAGUCCAGGUUUCCUACGUGAUUAGAGAUGAGGUGGAGAAGUACAAUCGUAACGGUGUGAACGCUCUUCAGCUGGAUCCUGCUCUCAACAGACUCUUCACAGCCGGCCGAGAUUCCAUCGUCAGGAUAUGGAGUGUCAAUCAACACAAACAGGAUCCUUACAUCGCUUCAAUGGAGCAUCACACGGACUGGGUGAAUGACAUCAUCCUCUGUUGUAAUGGAAAAACAUUGAUAUCAGCCUCCUCGGACACCACCGUGAAAGUCUGGAAUGCACACAAAGGGUUCUGCAUGUCCACGUUACGGACACAUAAGGACUACGUCAAAGCUUUAGCAUAUGCAAAGGAAAAGGAGCUGGUGGCAUCAGCCGGUCUGGACAGGCAGAUCUUCCUGUGGGAUGUGAACACACUGACGGCUCUGACUGCCUCUAAUAAUACAGUCACCACUUCCUCACUGAGUGGAAACAAGGACUCCAUCUACAGUCUGGCCAUGAAUCAGACAGGAACUGUGAUCAUCUCAGGAUCUACAGAGAAGGUCCUGAGGGUCUGGGAUCCACGGACAUGUGCUAAGCUAAUGAAGCUGAAAGGCCACUCUGACAACGUAAAAUCAUUAUUGUUAAACAGAGACGGCACUCAGUGUCUCUCUGGCAGCUCAGAUGGUACGAUACGCUUGUGGUCUCUCGGUCAGCAGAGAUGCAUCGCCACAUACCGGGUCCACGAUGAGGGCGUGUGGGCCCUGCAGGUGAACGAGGCCUUCACGCACAUCUACUCUGGCGGACGUGACCGAAAAAUCUACUGUACAGAUCUGCGUAACCCUGACUUGCGUGUGCUCGUAUGUGAAGAGAAAGCUCCCAUCCUGAAGAUGGAAUUGGACAAAUCAGCUGAUCCUCCUCAAGCAAUUUGGGUGUCCACAACUAAAUCAUUUGUAAACAAAUGGUCUCUAAAGGGCAUGCAGAACUUCAGAGCAUCCGGAGACUAUGACAACGACUGUAGUGCCCCUUUAACUCCACUGUGUACACAGCCAGAGCAGGUCAUCAAAGGUGGCACCAACAUCGUUCAGUGUCAUAUUCUCAAUGAUAAGAGGCACAUACUUACCAAAGACUCCAAUAACAGUGUGGCAUUCUGGGAUAUCCUCAAGGCAUGUAAGGGGGAAGACCUGGGUAAAGUGGACUUUGAUGAAGAAAUUAAAAAGAGGUUCAAGAUGGUCUAUGUGCCGAACUGGUUUUCUGUCGAUCUCAAGACAGGGAUGCUGACUAUCACGCUGGAUGAAAGUGAUUGUUUUGCGGCGUGGGUGGCAGCUAAAGAUGCUUGUUUUACAAGCCCAGACGGCUCUGAUCCAAAGUUGAACCUGGGUGGGCUGCUCCUGCAGGCGCUGUUAGAGUUCUGGCCCAGAACUCAUAUAAACCCAAUGGAAGAAGAGGAAAUCGAACUCAACCAUGUGAACGGUGAACAGGAGAGCCGAAUUCAAAAGGGCAACGGCUACUUCCAGGUUCCUCCACACACUCCUGUCAUCUUUGGUGAAGCAGGAGGAAGAACGUUGUUUAGGUUAUUGUGCCGCGAUUCUGGAGGAGAGACAGAGUCCACGUUACUGAAUGAAACUGUACCUCAAUGGGUUAUUGAUAUCACUGUAGAUAAAAACAUGCCAAAAUUCAACAAGAUCCCAUUCUACCUCCAACCGCAUUCAUCGUCUGGGGCCAAAACACUCAAAAAGGACCGUUUGUCCGCUAGCGACAUGCUGCAGGUUCGGAAAGUGAUGGAACACGUCUACGAGAAGAUCAUCAACCUCGACACUGAGUCACAGACCACCAGCUCCUCAGCCAAUGACAAACCAGGAGAGCAGGAGAAAGAGGAAGACGUGGCGGUGAUGGCCGAAGAGAAGAUUGAGCUCAUGUGUUUAGAUCAGCUUUUGGAUCCAAACAUGGACCUCAGGACUGUAAAGCAUUUCAUCUGGAAGAGCGGUGGAGACCUGACCGUUCAUUAUAGACAGAAAGCCACGUGAGAAAUCCCCCUGACCUCUGCAUAGACCCUAAUGUCCUUCAACCCGCAUCGCUUUGACUUCCAGAAGAAGCAUCCCAGAAUGCCCUGCUGUUUUCAGGUCUGAUGAUCACCCAGGAGGAAUGUUUUUUUUUUCUCUUUUCAUAAGAGCAAGCAGAAAGAUCUGAGUGACAGUUGAAGGAUAAAGACUAAAGACUGACUGCUGAUUGAUGCAGUUGAGACGUUCUGUGAACUACGACUUCAAAUUUUUGUCUGCCUUUAUUUCAUAGUAUCCUGUAUAUAUAUUACUGUUGUGUUUAGCGACGUGUCUGGUCCAGCUUAACAUGAGUCAUGAUGAUGAUGAUGAUGCACACGAGUACUUCCGUUCUCAGACAUUCCAGAGAUGUUUCAACUAGACCAGAUCCAAAAUCAGUUGCUCUUUGAAAC